ACUCAAUGCCUUUAAUUUCCUUUUCUGUUUCACUUUAUGUUGUCAUUUGUCGACACAUAAAAGAGUCCUAGUUUUAAGCAAUGAAGUGAUAUUCAUAGUCCUGCACGUAUAUAAAAUAUAAGCCCAGCAAUUCUCUUCUUCAUUCAUUCGUUAGCUAUCUAGGGUUUUCUUCUUCUUUCUUUUUGGUUUCUAAUUAACACUGUAGAAUGAACAAAAUUCAGACACAUUCUGGGCGUCACUUUACACUGAUUUUGUUUUUUGUGGUUCUUCUGCCUUGUUUGGUUGUUGGCGAUUGUACAUGUGAGAAAGAAGAUGAUACUGGUGACAAGGGUUUAGCUGAGAAAUACAAAGUAGCUGCACUUGUUUCGAUUUUGUUUGCAAGUGCAAUUGGUGUUACCCUUCCAAUGCUGGGCAAAACUUUCCCUGCAUUGCAUCCGGAGAAGGACUUGUUCUUCAUCGUGAAGGCCUUUGCAGCGGGGGUUAUAUUGUCCACUGGUUUCAUCCAUGUUUUGCCUGAUGCCUUCGAAAAGUUAACAUCUCCUUGUCUCAGUGAUCAUCCCUGGGGCGAUUUCCCCUUCGCGGGAUUUGUGGCAAUGUUAGCAGCUAUCGGAACGCUUAUGAUUGAUUCUCUUGCAACUGCAUAUUUUAAAAAGUCUAGUGUUAGCGAGAAGGAUGCUGUUGUUGACGAAGAAGAGCAGGUAGGGGGGCAUGACAUGCACGUACAUACCCAUGCAACUCAUGGUCAUGCUCAUGGUUCCAUUCCUUCUCCUUCAACAGACCUCCUUCGCCAUCGUGUUAUUUCUCAGGUGUUGGAGUUGGGGAUUGUGGUGCAUUCUGUGAUAAUAGGGAUCUCUCUGGGUGCAUCUGAAAGUCCUGACACGAUAAGGCCUCUUAUUGCUGCUUUAACUUUCCACCAAUUUUUUGAAGGCAUGGGUCUCGGUGGUUGCAUCUCACAGGCAAAAUUCAAGACAAAGUCAGUGAUAAUUAUGGCAUUAUUCUUUUCAUUGACAACACCUGUUGGAAUUGCAAUCGGCAUGGGAAUUACUAGUUCUUACAGGGAAAACAGCCAACGUGCUCUCAUCGUGGAAGGUAUUCUGAACGCAGCAUCAGCGGGGAUUUUAAUUUACAUGUCUCUUGUGGACCUCCUUGCGGCUGAUUUAAUGAGUCCCAAAGUCCAAGCAAGUGGUAAGCUUCAGCUAGGAGUUAAUGCAUUUCUUCUUUUUGGGGCUGGUUGUAUGUCCCUUCUAGCCAAAUGGGCCUAAAUCAUUAGGGCCAACUAUUGUAUAUAGCUUUCUUUUAUUAUUAUUAUUAUUAUUACAAUUAAUGAUAGUGAUUCAACUCUUUAAGCCGAUUUUGGUGUUUUUUUUCUACUGUUCCUGCCCUCAUCUUUUGGAUUAUAAGAACAAAUAGCUUUUUGUCUA